AUGCUCAAAACCAGUAUCAGAACACUUAAAAGGAUGACUAAUUCGAAAUUAAUAGAACUCCCAAAGUCAUCUUCCUUUACUCAACGGAUAAAGCCAGAUAAAAGAGUCCCAUCUGUGGAGGUUGCUUUGGAAAACGACGGCAACAUUACUAAUACCCCAAGAAAUAUAAAUCACGGUGGAUUCACAUGGGUGUUGCCUACUCCAAGAGAUGACUACGAGUUUAUUAUUGCCAACCCAUCAGCAAUGAAAGACUUAGGAUUGAGUUUAGAUGAAAUGGAAGAUCCAGUUUUUCAACUGAUAGUGAGUGGAGAAUUCUAUCAAGACAAGGUCACUUUUGCCAAAGAAAACUUCCCCAUGCCUUAUGCACAAGCUUAUGCAGGUUGGCAGUUUGGGCAAUUUGCUGGUCAGCUAGGUGACGGAAGGGUGGCCAAUUUGUUCGAAGUUCCUAAAGCUGUACCAGAUGGUGAGAACCGUGACAAGUAUGAAAUCCAGUUAAAGGGUGCUGGGAAAACUCCAUUCUCUAGAUUUGCAGAUGGCAAAGCAGUUUUGCGUUCAUCUAUUAGAGAAUACAUUAUAUCAGAACAUUUACAUGCAAUUGGAAUACCAACUACAAGAGCACUCUCAUUGACGUAUUUGCCCAGCACUUUGGCUCAACGACAUGGAGCAGAAAGGUGUGCUAUUGUUGCGCGGUUUGCUGAAAGUUGGAUAAGAAUGGGUACUUUUGACCUAUACAGAUGGAGAGGUGAUCGUGAAGGAAUACGAGACUUGUCGGAUUAUGUAAUCGAUGAAUUGUUUACAAUUAAUGGCGUAAAGUUUCAGAAUUUUGAAAGAAUUGUUAGCACCGGCCCUGAUUUUUUUAAAUCAACAGAUAAGUCGUUAGGAGAAUUGACUGAUUAUGAUAAAAUGUAUUACGAAACAGUAGUAAGAAAUGCAGAGACCACAGCAAUUUGUCAGAGUUAUGGGUUUUUGAAUGGAGUUCUAAAUACUGAUAAUACAUCCAUCUUAGGAUUAACUAUAGAUUUUGGACCAUUUUCCAUAAUGGAUAAAUAUAAUCCAAACUAUACACCAAACUCGGAAGAUCAUGAGGGUAGAUAUGGAUAUAGAAAUGUUCCUACAGCAAUUUGGUGGAAUUUGACUAGAUUGGGAGAGGAUUUGGCAGAGUUGGUGGGUGCUGGUAAUGAUUUGUUAAAAGAUCCACUGUUCAAACAGGGAAUCAAAGAGGAGUGGGAGGAUUCAAUAAUUAAGCGUGCUACGAAAAUUAUUGAAAUUGGUGGUGAGAUAUAUCAGCAUGCGUUUACCAAAAAGUACGUGGAGACAUUUUUCAAUCGGUUGGGUAUAUCACACCAAUUGAUAGAUGCACAAAAUCCAGAGAUACAACGUACUGAUGUUAUUGUUCCGAUGUUGGAUGUUUUGUUCAAGAUACAGACUGAUUUUAAUUUGUUUUUCUUGAAAUUGCAGAGUUUAGAUCUUGAAUCCGGUGAUUAUGCUUCGAUUGCCGAGAAAGAAUUUUUACCAGACUAUGAUUUCAACACAUACAGACAACACAAGGAUGAUUUGAUAAAGCAAAUUAGUGAAUGGUUGAUACUGUACCAUGAAUUGCGGAACAAAACCAAACAAUAUGAAUCCACACCUGAUCCAGCAAAAUACAACCCAAAGUUUUUACCUAGAAAUUGGAUUUUGGAUCAAGUCAUUCAGCAAGCAGAAAGCUCGCGUGGAGCUGAGACAACAUAUCUUGAAAAGUUGCAGAAGAUGAGCUCUAAUCCCUAUGAUGAAACCAAGUGGGGGGAUGAAUUGAAGGAAUUGGAACAAUCUUGGUUACUUCAAGGAAACAAAGGGGAUCAAUACGCUAUGUUACAAUGUGGCUGUUCAAGUUAA